UGUCGCGUGACCCAGGGGUCAAACUAACCCAAGUGAGAGAUUGAAGCGUCCAAGUCAGAGGGCGGGAUGACCAAAGGCAGGCCUUGUCGUCAUCUUAUAUUUCCUAUCAUCCUCUUCCUCUCGAAUUCCUCUGCAAUUCGAUGUCCGGCAGGCACAAUAACGAUAUUAAUAAUAAUUCUCGGGAUUGAAUCCUUUCCACAACGUGGGUUGUCACAACUCAGCAGCAGCCUUUGCAUCUGAAUUAUCUGGCAGCACAGCAUACAUUUUAACCUGUGUUGCUUUUACUUUGUUAUUUCUUUCCAGUUAUAAAUAGAAAUAUAUUUUUGGGGUUGGAGAUCUGAAGCCGUUUUGAAGGAAUUGUUUGGUGGGCUUUGAUCGAGGAAAGAUGAGCUUCCAGGAUUUGGAAUCUGGGCGGCCGCUGGGCCUUAGAAGAGAGGGCAUUAAUGGACGGCAGGACCCAUCUCAGGCCGUCGCCGGCGGAAUUUUCCAGAUCAACACAGCGGUUUCAACAUUUCAGCGUCUAGUAAAUACUGUCGGCACGCCAAAGGAUACUCCUGAGCUCAGGGAGAAAUUGCAUAAGACUAGGCAACAUAUUGGACAGAUGGUGAAAGAUACAUCCGCAAAACUUAAAGCAGCUAGUGAAGCAGAUCAGCAUACAGAAGUUAGUGCUAGUAAGAAGGUUGCAGAUGCAAAACUUGCAAAAGACUUCCAAGCAGUCUUAAAGGAGUUUCAGAAGGGCCAACGGCUUGCAGCUGAACGUGAGGCAGCUUACACACCUUUUGUUCCGCAGGCAGUUCUGCCAUCAAGUUAUGUUGCGAGCGAGCUGAAUUUAAGCCCAGACAAAUCUCAGGAACAACAAGCUCUUCUAAUAGAAUCAAGGAGGCAGGAAGUUCUUCAGUUAGAGAAUGAUGUUGUGUUUAAUGAGGCCAUUAUUGAAGAACGGGAGCAAGGGAUAAAGGAGAUUCAGCAGCAAAUUGGAGAAGUCAAUGAAAUUUUCAAGGAUCUUGCGGUUCUAGUUCAUGAGCAAGGAGUGAUGAUAGAUGAUAUUGACUCUAACAUUGAGAGCUCUUACUCUGCAACCGUUCAAGCUAAAAGUCAACUGGCUAAGGCAUCUAAAACCCAAAAAUCUAAUUCAUCUCUGGCAUGCUUGUUGCUGGUAAUUUUUGGUGUCGUAUUGCUCAUUAUCAUCAUAGUCCUUGCUGCAUAAUUCGCAAUGUGUUCCCUGCAACAAUUUGAAUCUUUCUUUUUAGAAGCUACGGCAGUCUCUUCAGUUGGUAGGAACAAAAUUGGAUCCGUUCUUACCAUUUCUUAGGUACAGUUUUUUGAUGUAUCUGAAAGCUGGGUUCAUUUGUACCCCAAUGCAGUGUAGUUAUCAUUUUUUGAGAAUGGACAAACAUUAUAGGUUUUUCGUUUACACAUAUGGUAUAUGUUAUGAAUCAUUUUGUGGUCCAGAGGAGAUGGAAAAGUUAAAAAUAUGUAACAUAGCUUAUUGCUGUUUGAUUAUAGUGUGUAAUUAGUAUGCAAAAAGGUUGCUGUCUAUAUUGUUAAGUAACGGUUACAUUUAUAAUUUGUGCAAUUGUAGUUAUUCUGCUAUCAUGAGCCACCAUUGACAAAAUCCAGGUACUGUGGUCUCAUAUGGAAUAAUAAUUGUUUCCUUUUGUGAUUUUUUAAUGAAUGAAUAAUAUGGUUUUCUGCA